AUGUCUGCGAUACGCGCUACUUUAACGAUAGAUCGAUACUGUUCCGACUUAAUCGAUUUGUUGGAAAGUUGCUUAGGACACGAAAUGGCAACUCCGGUAUCUUUUGGCAUGCAGGAUACUCCACACUGUAAAAUAGCCAUAGUGCUUCUAGAGAGUCUUUUUUCGUUUUGUGAAAGGAAGGAGGUAAUGGAAAGGACUAUUCCAACGGCUGUUAAUGCUUUGAAACAGCAUGGAAGCGAUAAUCUAAAAGAAAAGACAAGCACUGGUCUUGCACGGGCAGCUAUGCACAAUUCCCCUUUAUUAUCCCAGUAUUCCCGUCAUAUAAUAUCAAGCAUUAUUUACGAUGGUAAUUUAAAUCACAUGCUUACUCUGCUGUCUUAA